UCUAAAUCUAAUCUAGAGGCCAGAAACAAAGAAUCUAUAGUCUAACUGGAACAUUUUAUCCUCUUGUAGAACGUCAUGAUGCUCUCCAUAGGACGCGCUCGGACACCCAGCGCCGCCGGAAGCGCACGACUUUCAGCAAAGCGCAGCUGAGCGAGCUGGAGAGGGCCUUCUCUGCCACGCAGUACCCUGAUAUUAAAAUGAAGGAGUCUCUUGCUUCUAUAACUGGGCUGCCAGAGUCUACAAUUCAGGUCUGGUUUCAGAAUCGACGCGCACGCUAUUUCAAGAGCAAGAAACCAUCCAGAGGGGUCCCCAAACCCUCCACAGACUACCUUGAUCCGCAGCUGCCCGGCACCCUAUCUCCCAGUCCACCAUUCCCCCAUUUUGCUCCUUCUGUCCUGUCUACUCCCAACUUGCCUUCCCCGUCAGGCUACCAUGCCCCCAGUUCACCUCAGUCCUCCAGGCUCUCAACCAUCUUCGGGAGUCAGGCCAUGUCCCUGCCCGCGCCUACAUCCCCUGUCUGCGCCGACCAAGCUCCAUCCUGCUCCCCGUUUGGACCAUGUCUCCCAGGAGUACCCCAGGACCAUUACUACCAAACCCCAGACUUUACUGAUUACUGCCAUGAGGUGUUUCCAGACAGCGGGCUCGGUGAAUGGGAUUUGACAGAGGACUUUCAGGCCUUCCUUGACGGUGCUCGGGGAUCCGAGCCUGUGGGUAGCCGCUGCGCCACAGUCACACAUCUUGGACCCAAGGAGGGCGUUCAGGUUCAGCUGGACCACCAACACUUCUUCAGCACCGACGAGUCCAUGGACGAUCUGUCUGAUCUGUGCUUUCAGGACCUAGGCGACUUCAGUCUGUCGGAUUUGGACAUUUCUGCUACGAUGAUCGAUUAUCUUUUGGGCUAAUUGACAAAAGGAAGAUAGACACUCGACACGACAAACAGAGCACGUUAUUUAUGAUGAGAUUGCCUUGAAGGAAGGACUGUGGACGAUGUGAAUAAAAUGUAUAGAAACAAUAUAUGGGUAUUAUUGUAUAUUGUAGAGUAUUACAUGAGAACUUCAAAUAAAAAAAGAUAUAUCAUAUAACCUACGAUGUGUUUGUUCAUUUAGUUCAUAAAGUCUGUUACACAACUGGCCAUCACGUGGCGCCGUGGCUUAGUUGGUUAAAGCGCCUGUCUAGUAAACAGGAGAUCCUGGGUUCGAAUCCCAGCGGUGCCUUUUUGCUGGUCAGAUGAAUGGCAUCCAGACCGUGGCUACCGGAGAUGUCGAGACGCUUGUGUAUUUUUCACAAAAUUAAAAAAAAAAAAAGUGAUUAAAAUAAACUCCCAAACAACUCAAAAUAAACUAGACAUCACAAGAGGGGGAAAAACACACAAAAUAAAACAAAGCAAAGCGAAUCUGCACUAAACUUCUAAAACUGUUGUAUUAUAUUGUGCUUUUUUUGGGUCCAAAAAAGUGGCUGUUUAAAUGCAGACCUGGCUUGUGACUUCUACUCAGGCCGGAUAAAAAUGCAUCAGCCACUCGCAGCAAACCUCACUGCAAACCAACUGAUGAUGAUGUGCGCAUUACAUUUGAAAACAGAUGUAAAAUGAACGAUGUACAUGUUGUAUGUUAUUUUAUUUUUGUGUACGGUAUCCUCUCUUAUCAUCCUUUAUCCAGCAGGGGGUGCAUCACUGAGGAGGUAAUGUCAGUCGAGGUCAGGGCCAAAGUAGCAGUGGUGCAACAAUUUUUAUUCUUGUAGGGACGCAGGUGACCAGCAGAGGGCAGUGAGUGCAUGUACAGCUCUGUGCUAAAAAUAACCACUUAUAUGCAGUAGGUUUUUUUGUUCUUGUUUGUUUUUGUAUUCCUUUGGUGAUGAGGUGUGAAUCUGUCUCAUAGAUUGGGCCAGAAUUCAUUUUAUGCAAAGG